GUUUUAUCACGCAAGAUAGACUAAAAAAGAAGCGGGAAUCCCUGAGGAACUUCAAUUUGUAGAUUUAAGAAUUUCUCACUGCUCUCUCUCUCUUCUCCGUAAAGUUUUGGAGAUCAAUACCAUGGAAGAAGUCGAUGAAACUGACGCCGAGUCGCAGGUGUAUAUGGCAUGCAUCAUGUGUGGCCGAAGAGUUGGAAUCUCUUAUUAUGAUUCCAGUAUUUGCCAGCUCCAUGUUCUGGAAUUAUGGGAAGAUGGCAAUGAAGAUUUUCCAUUGGUUGAAAUGGUCAAGUAUCAAGCCAAGCCUUGUAUCAUCUUUACCAGCACCAAGAGUGAAUCAUCAUUCUUGGCUGCUUUGCAGAAAAACGAUGGAAAAGCUGAACCUCCAACAGUAAAGCUUGUAAAGAGUUCAUUAUUCAGCUAUGAGCAAGCAUGGCACAGACUAAUGUACUUGCGGGUUACUGGAAUGGAUGAAGGAUUGAACAUCAAAGAGAGGGUCUCUUUUCUUAGUUCCAUGAUGGACAUCCGAAGUGAAGUUCAAGUGCGUUCCAGUGGGGGCCUUCUGGCCAUAUUAGAGAAUGAGAGAAUAGUAAACACCCUGGAGCAGAAGGAAAGUGGGAACAUAUCAAUUUCUAUCAACUCAAUUGCUGAAAUUCCAUUAAAUAAUUUCCUCAUAGUUGAUGCUGUUGCCCACGAGGCAUUACAAAUAUUCCAAACUGACAAGCAUCCAAGUCAUAUGGGUAUUGGUAGGGCAAAAGAAGGGUUCUCGGUAUAUGGGAUGAUGAAUAAGUGUGUAACACCCAUGGGAAGGCGUCUAUUACGGAACUGGUUCCUGAGGCCUAUACUGGACCUUGAGAAGUUGAACAUUCGUCUUGAUACUAUAUCUUUCUUUCUUAAUGCUGAAGAAUUGUUGGUUUCUUUACGUCAAACUCUGAAAUCUGUGAAAGAUAUUCCUCACAUACUCAAGAAAAUCAACUCUCCGAGUUCUGUAUGUACAACUAGUGACUGGACUGCGCUUCUAAAGAGCAUAUGUUCAUUGCUACACAUCGACAAGAUACUUGAAGUGGGCAUUGUUGGGACAUUUCAAGAGCAGUUGACACAUUUAAACCUGGAUAUCAUUGAGCAGGCUCAUCUUUACUUAUCUACAGAUUUGGCCUAUGUAUAUGAGCUGAUCAAUGGCGUUAUAGAUGUAAACCGAAGUAAAGAUAAGGGUUACGAGACAAUUGUGAAAGAUGGCUUUUGUGGGGAGUUGGACGAGCUGAGGCAAAUAUACGAAGAAUUACCCGAGUUUCUGGAAGAGGUGUCAUCCCUUGAACUUGCGCGGUUACCGCAUGUGUCUCGGGAGAAAUUCAUCCCUAGCAUUGUUUAUAUACAUCAGAUAGGCUACUUAGUGUGCAUUUUUGAAGAAAAACUUGACGACAACAUUCUAGAGAAACUUCAGGACUUCGAAUUUGCUUUUGCUGAUGAAGAUAAAGACUCCAAGAAAUUUUUCUAUCGCACUGAAAAGACACGGGAGCUGGAUAACCUUCUGGGAGAUAUAUAUCACAAAAUUUUGGACAUGGAGAGGGCAAUUACCAGAGACCUUGUCAUUCAUAUUCUUGAAUACUCCGAUCCAUUGCUUAAAGCUGUUACUUUUGCAGCUGAGCUUGAUUGCUUUCUGUCAUUAGCACUAAUCGCUCGUCAAAACAACUAUACGAGACCCGUUUUGACUUCAGAAAGCAUCAUUGAUAUCAGAAAUGGAAGGCAUGUUUUGCAGGAAAUGACAGUUGAUACCUUUAUCCCUAAUGAUACAAAGAUUCUGGAUGACGGAAGAAUCCAUAUUAUCACUGGACCUAAUUAUUCAGGAAAAAGUAUCUACAUUAAGCAGGUUGCCUUGAUUGUUUUCCUCUCCCACAUUGGAAGUUUUGUACCAGCUGAUUCAGCCACCGUGGGUUUGACUGAUAGGGCAUUGAUAGUAUCAAUUAUGGUCGGUAAUGAUGCUGCCAUCCAUAUAAAUAGGAUAUUUUGUGCUACUGGAAGCAAGUUUAUGACUGCUGAGCAAUCAACAUUUAUGAUUGACCUCCAACAAGUGGGCUUAAUGUUGAGACAUGCAGGUUUUCAGUCUUUAUGUCUGAUGGAUGAAUUUGGGAAAGGGACUCUCUCUGAAGAUGGUAUUGGUCUUCUUGGUGGAACCAUUAAUCAUUUUGCUUCGUGCGAUAAUCCCCCGAAGGUUUUGCUGUCAACACACUUGAGUGAAAUAUUCGAAAAUGGCUAUUUGCUGGAGUCGAGCAAGAUCAACUAUUACACCAUGAGCGUGUUAAGCCCAGACGACAAUGGCACAGAUGUUGAAGAUAUUGUGUUUUUAUACAGACUGGUUCCAGGUCGUGCUCGUCUUAGCUAUGGAUUACAUUGUGCCCUACUUGCUGGAGUUCCUGAGGAAGUUAUUAAGAGAGCAGCAUAUGUACUGCUUGCCAAUGGAGAUAACAAGAAUGUCGAGAGACUUCUGCAUGAGAAUAUAUCGACACAGGAUCAGCAGUAUAAGGAGGCUGUAGAGAAGAUGUUGGCUUUUGAUACUUCAAACGGUGACCUGAAUCUCUUCUUUGAAAGUAACUUUCCUUCUCAGCAUUAAAAGGUAACAAAUGCAGCAACACAUGAAAAACAGGUUGUGAGCUUUGUUUGACGAACUAGUUGUGAUUGGAAAAUGACAUUCGAAAACUGAUUUUUCGGUUAAGAAAAGUUUGGUAAGUUAGUACAAAUCGAUUCGGCAUUGAUAGGCUCAGUUUGCAAAACUGAAAUUGAUUCGGUUGGAUAACUAUUAAUUCAGUUCGGUUACCGAAUUAAACCCAGUUCAACCCUAGAACCGUAAACACAUAUAUCAUAGGUUUUAAUCAUCAAUGCAGUAUAAUCCUUCCAUUCCAAAUUAAAGGUACUUUUAGGCUUUAUCCUAAAUUAUCUGUACUUUUAGUUUUUUCCAAAUUCAGUGUGAUGUCGUUG